ACUAACUAACUAACUAAUUCACCCUUCACUCUCUUCACUCUUUAGUAGUUCGUUGUAGCCCUCCGAUCAGGAAGCAUGGACAAUAGCAACAGCAAUAAUAGUAUUCCCCUGCUCAACGGCGGCGGAGGGGUGGUGGCGGAGGACGGAGACUACGUGAAAGUGAAGGGGCUGAGGGAGGCGAAGAAGAUUUUCUGGAUAGAAACAGCCAAGGUAUGGCAGAUAGCAUUGCCUAUAGUGUUCAACAUUUGGUGCCAGUACGGUGUCAACUCCAUAACCAGCAUCUUCAUUGGACACCUCGGAGACCUCGAACUCUCUGCUAUCUCCUUGAUCAACUCAGUCGUCGGCACUUUCGCUUUCGGCUUCAUGCUUGGCAUGGGAAGCGCAACGGAGACACUGUGCGGGCAAGCUUUUGGGGCAGGGCAGGUUGAAAUGCUGGGUGUGUACUUGCAACGGUCAUGGGCAAUCCUGUCGGUGACCAGUCUUUUGCUAAUGCCAAUAUACAUAUUUGCUGCUCCAAUCCUGAAGUUUCUGGGGCAACAGCAUGAUAUAGCUGACAGAGCAGGAAGCUUUGCUCCUCUUGUAAUCCCCCAAUUUCUCUCACUUGCAUUCAAUUUUCCAACCCAGAAGUUCCUUCAGGCGCAGAGCAAGGUCAAUAUUAUUGCCUGGAUCGGCUUCUUCGCGCUAAUCCUGCACGUUGUGAUGCUGUGGCUCUUCAUCUAUGUGCUGCAAUUAGGCUUAACUGGUGCAGCAUUGGCAUUUGAUAUCACAAGCUGGGUGAUAACAUUGGCUCAACUUGCUUAUGUCUUUUUUUGGUGCAAGGAAGGUUGGCAUGGAUUGUCAUGGAAGGCCUUGAAAGAUAUAUGGCCCUUUGUUAGGCUCUCCCUUGAAUCUGCUGUCAUGCUUUGUCUUGAAGUUUGGUAUAUGAUGAGCCUCAUUGUUCUUGCUGGCCACCUUGAUAAUGCAGUCAUAGCUGUUGAUUCCCUCUCUAUAUGCAUGAAUUUGAAUGGGUGGGAGUUCAUGAUCUUUAUUGGAGUAAAUGCUGCUGUCAGUGUGAGAGUUUCCAACGAACUGGGACUUGGACAUCCAAGAGCUGCCAAAUACUCUGUCUAUGUGAUAACACUUCAGUCCUUUCUAAUUGGAAUCCUUUCCAUGGUGGCUAUUUUGAUAUUUAGAGAUUCUUUCGCUGUCAUCUUCACUAGCAGCAAGCCUUUGCAAGAAUCGGUCUCAAAACUCGCAUACUUCCUUUCUGUGACUAUGAUUCUGAACAGCAUUCAACCAGUUAUUUCAGGUGUUGCUGUUGGAGGUGGGUGGCAGGCACUGGUGGCUUAUAUCAAUGUAGGUUGUUACUAUGUGUUUGGACUUCCACUGGGGUUUAUUCUUGGUUAUAAAGUUAACUUGGGAGUUAAGGGACUUUGGGGAGGUAUGAUAUGUGGAAUUGCUCUGCAAACAUUGCUGCUUUUGUUGAUACUUUACAAGACCAAUUGGAAGAAAGAGGUGGAACAAACAAAUGAAAGAAUGAGGAAGUGGGGUGGACAAGAAAUAAAAGUUGAUAGGAGAGUGGGUUCUGCAGAAGCUUGAUUUGCUUCUCUCGCACGUCCAUUCUGGUCAAAUUCAUUCUUCCAUUUUCACAUUGUAAUGCUAAUAGCUACUUCUUAAAUAGCGAGCAAAAUAGUUUAAUGCUUUGUUAUCUGAUGAGAACGGUAUAUUUUUGCAGUUCUCUCUUUUUUGUA